UCAAACGCUGGCAACGCAUCCCAAUUAGCAAAUGUCAUAAACUGUGGUAACGGUCUGUCAAAUGGUCUGUCGUCGCAGAUCAGUCACCCUCACCCGCACUCACACGCGUUGGGCCUACACUUCGGCACAUCGUUUCCGUGGGCGGCGGCCGCCAGAGGAAAGCCGAGGCGAGGGAUGAUGAGGAGAGCCGUCUUCUCGGACGCCCAGCGCCAGGGACUCGAGAAACGCUUUCAGAUCCAGAAAUACAUCUCAAAACCUGAUCGCAAGAAACUCGCAGAAAAGCUGGGAUUAAAAGACUCUCAGGUAAAGAUAUGGUUUCAAAACCGACGCAUGAAAUGGCGUAACUCGAAAGAGCGGGAACUCCUAUCUUCCGGUGGGACACGAGAGCAGACCCUUCCCACCAAAAACAAUCCAAAUCCAGAUCUGAGUGAUCCGAUCACAAUCGCCGCGGCGUCGACCACACGAUCACAAUAUACUAAUGGAAACAACGCGUCGAUCGCAACCGACAAAGACGGUCAGCCCAUGUCUCACAUCAACUACUCGCCGGUCAUGUCGUUAUCUAACUAUGAUAUGAGUGCAAACCGAUUGCAGUUAAUUGACAAUCAAAUGCAAACCGACGACUCCGAUGAUGACGAUGAGGAUGAGGAUGACAGCGACGUCGAGAUCAAAGUGAACGACGAUUAA